GUACCUGCCAAAAAGACAGGGGAGUGGCUCAGUUUAAAAUCCAACCCAGGAGUUCUGUGAAAACUUGCCUGUAAAAGAAGCAAGAAACUAAACAGAAUACAACAGAUUUCAGGCAACAACAUUCACAUACUGCACAGGUGACGAUUACGGACAACUCCCCAGUGGACGCUUAACUGGACUUUCUCUUUUCUUUCUCUAUUAAAGAAGCAGAAAUCAUUUUUCUCUCUGCAAGGAACAAAGUUAGUAUGGAAUGGACGAUUUAAAACAGCAUAGAAACUAUUCAGGAGGAAGUUUAGGAGACAAAGGCAUACAUGAAACAAUUACAACAACUAGACUUGCGUCUCUACCCCCACGAGGCUUCACUGCGUCCUCCAACAAGGGUAUGUCAAGUAACACUGGAGCUUCUAGCCUGGAUAGGAACAUUUUAACCCAAAGCAACGGCAGUUCUUAUUUCUUUUCUUCAUCUGGGGGUGCGGGCGGGUUCGGAUCUGGUUCCACUGAAUUUCUGACAGAGGAGACCACUGUGAGCUUAGGCAGGAAGUCAGGUGGUGGUUCUGCUGAAGGUUUUGAGAGUGUCUUUGGAUUGGACUCAGGGCUAAGGGUGAGAUCCAGCUCUACUGAUGGCACGAGGAGAACACAAGACUCCUGCAUUGCCCCUUUGUUGCUGGAAAAGAAAACCAUAACCCUUCACUCCAGUCAUUAUGAUGGAAGCUCAAGUGAGAAUUCAUCCCCAGAGACCAAAAGAAAACACUAUGGACCAAGUAGAGGAAGAACUUCGAGCAGAGAGACAGAAAUCAGGAGAAGACUACAGAGUGCAUCUCCUUCUACAAGAUGGACAGAGCUGGAGGAUGUGAAAAAGCUGUUGAAAGGUUCACGCUCCUGCAGCGUGAGCCCAACAAGAUCUCCCUGCUCCUCUCCUCUGCCCAUUCCUCGCAAAGCCACCAUAGAAACCAAGAUCUCCACCAAACCAGUUGAGCAAUAUGAUAACGUUGAUCUGGACACUGAUCUGACCUCAAUUACCUGGAACACCUCUACACUGCCGGCUGGAAUCUCCACCAGUACUUCAGCCUACAGCUUUCACAGCAACACCAACAACAUGGCAACAGGAGCUUCUCUUCCCAGCAGCACAUCUCCAUCAUCUUUAUCAGCUUAUGGAUUUCAUAACAAUUUAGCUCCUGUUAGUGGAGGUCUUUCGAGUGGAGCUAACACACUUCCAGGAUAUGGAGUACAUAACAAAUAUUCAGCAAGUUCAAACAGCACUUCUGCAUUGGGCACAGGUGUCUCCAGUUCAGGAUAUGGAGUGCAGAAAAAUUAUUCAACAAGUUCAAACAUCCCCGCUGCAGUAAGCACAGGCGUCUCCACUUCAGGAUAUGGAGUACAGAAAAAUUAUUCAUCAAGUCCAAAGAGCACUGCUGCCUUAGGAACAGGUGUCUCCACUUCAGGAUAUGGAGUACAGAAAAAUUAUUCAACAAUCUCGAACUGCACUGCUGCAGUGAGCACAGGCGUCUCCACUUCAGGAACCGGUACAAGACUCCUUAAUGAGAAUGUCACAAAGAAAUACCUGAUAUCAGAGAAAGAGAACAUUCCUGUAAAGAGAGACUGUGAAGAUCUUAUUUUGACCAAAGACAGCGGCAAGCAGUUUACCAACAGCGCCCACAAUGCCAAAGCAGAGUCAUAUUCAGAUGUUUCAGUGAAGAAGGAAGCUUUGACAACCAGCUAUUCUGAAAGUCCUCUGGUCAAGUCUAGCUCUGGUGCAUACUACGGGUCUCCAUUAGUGGCAACAAAAGAUAAAGCUACAUAUGCAGAGAUUAAGGACGAGGAUGAAUGUGGAGGAGGUUGCUGUGGAUGUGGGCCACACUGUUGCUCCUGGUGGAAGUGGCUGCUGGGCCUUUUGCUCGCCCUGCUGCUGCUCCUUGGACUUCUGUUUGGACUCCUUGCUGUGGCUGACCAGUUGAAGAAACUGAAGACUCGUGUCACCACUCUUGAGGGAAUUGUCUCGAAUCCACGCACAGAACGUCUGUUUGCUUCUAUUAAUGAUGUUAACAGCAGUGGUGGAGAGAAAUCUGUGUAUGAUGCUUCAGUCUAUUCAGGCAUUCAUUUUAGGGAAACACUGAGAGCCGAACUGCAGUCUGAAGCAAUGAAAGGCUACCUUGCGACUUUAGUCAAUUCUGAAAGAGGACUGCCAGGGCCCAAAGGUGAAAUUGGACCUCCAGGGCCCAAAGGAGACACAGGUUUCCCAGGACAAUCAGGAUUACCAGGAAGGGAUGGAUCAAAAGGGGAAAAAGGAAAUGCAGGUCAACAUGGUGCAGAAGGAUCACCAGGGUUUAGGGGAAGAGAUGGACAACCUGGACCCCGUGGAGAGCCAGGGCCACCAGGAACUGGAGAAAAGGGUGACAGGGGUUUCCCUGGUGCCCUUGGUCCAGCUGGUCCACCUGGGCCAAAAGGUGCUACUGGAUUACAUGGUGAACAAGGCCCUCAAGGCUUCAGAGGUGAACUUGGUCCAAAAGGUGACAGAGGACUUCCCGGAAGUAAAGGUGAUCGUGGUGAGAAAGGAGACAAUGGGUUUCCAGGUAUUCCUGGGAGUCCAGGGAGAUCCGGAUCAGCUGGAGAGAAAGGAGAUAAAGGAUCUUCAGGGCCUCAAGGAGCUACUGGUGAAAAGGGCCAAAGGGGAGAGUCUGGGUCAAUUGGAUUACCAGGAAUCAGAGGAGCGGCUGGGCCACCCGGUGAUGCUGGGAUACCAGGAACUCCUGGGAUUCAAGGCCCUCCAGGCAUUCCUGGCAAUCCUGGUCAACCUGGGACUAAAGGUGAGACCGGUGAACCUGGAAGAGUGAUUAAUGCAGCAGGCUCAAGCUCAGUGGCAAUCCCAGGACCACCCGGCAGCCCUGGACCUCCUGGCCCACAGGGAGCUCCAGGACUCUCAGGCCCCAUUGGCCCUGCUGGACUUCCUGGUCAGCCUGGUCCUAAAGGUCCUAAGGGAGAUCAGGGAGAUCGAGGAGAACCUGGUAUUGUAGUGAGAACUAGUGAGACUUUGAGUUCAAGGCACACAGGAAGUGUUUAUGGUGCUCAGAAUGCUGGUGUCACUGGACCAGCUGGUCCUCCUGGUCCACCAGGGCCUCCUGGACCUCCAGGAAAUUCUAUACAAGGACCACCGGGACCACCAGGCUUGCCUGGAUAUGGACAACCAGGCCCAAAAGGAGACAGAGGAGAUUCAGGAACCCUUGUGCCCAAUUCAGGAACAUUUUUUUCAGGACCACCUGGGCCACCUGGACCUCAAGGGCCUAAAGGAGCAACAGGUGCCCAAGGUCCAAGGGGAUACCAAGGGGAACCUGGUCAGCCUGGCCUUCCAGGAAGUUCGGGUAGAGUUAUCACUGAAUACGGUACGGGUCAAGGACCACCCGGUCCCCCAGGAUCACCUGGACUACCCGGACGAGACGGCCAAAAAGGGGAUCCUGGAACGCCAGGUAGAACAAUAUACCAAACGGACUCAAGAGGGUCGGUUGCAGCCGGGCCCCCAGGGCAGCCUGGUCCUCCAGGUCCUCCAGGACCCCCCGGUACUCCAGGGCAUUCCAGUGGAUCGCAUUCUGUUGCAGAUUAUCGUCAUUACAUUAGGGAGUAUAUGCAGAGUGACAGCAUGAGGCAGCAUUUGUCAAGCAUACAAGGGCCACCAGGACCACCUGGGCCUUCAGCGUCUGUGGAGGACGUGGCAUCUCGAGUUAUUGCCUACCUUCGGCGUAGUGGAACUAGUGGUGUCUCUUUUAGCCAAGGUCCCCAAGGUCCACCUGGUCCUCCAGGCCCAUCAGGAAGUAUAUCCGCUGAAUACAUCAUUUCUCUUUUACAGAGAGAUGAUGUAAGGCGUUAUGUAAUUGGCCCUCCAGGGCCACCUGGAGCGCCUGGCAGUGUUACUAGUACCUUCAACACGCAGGAAGUGGCAAAUUAUGUCCUCAGGGUGAUGAAUGACAAGGGGAUGAUAAAUAGACCUGGACCACCAGGCCCUCCCGGCCCUCCAGGCCAACCAGGCUCCACCUACAGUGACAUAGUCACUCUGAUUCAGAAGGCAGGGCUUAGUGGAAGCACUGGACGUCCAGGCCUUCCUGGUCCUCCAGGGAUACAGGGACCUCCUGGUCCACCCGGUAUCCCGGGAAGCAGCACUUCUGUGGUCUCGGGUUACAAACUGGAGGACAUCCAGAGAUACCUGCACAAUUCUGGUUUUAGAGGACCUCCUGGCCCUCCUGGUCCACAAGGACCCCAAGGACCUCCAGGAGACUCCUUUGUGUCAUCUAGCGGAUCUUCAUCUAGUGGAUCUUCAUCUAGCAGAUCUUCAUCUAGCGGAUCUUCAUCUAGCGGAUCUUCAUAUAGUGGAUCUUCCCAGGCCCAGCGAGACCUAAUCCGUUCUGAGCUGCAGGACUACUUUAACAGUGACACUGUAAAACUCUACACUUAUGGCCUCCCUGGACCUCCCGGACCUCAAGGAGAAAAAGGUGAACGUGGUGAGCCAGGAUAUAGUCAUCAGACUGUCAGAAGCCAGUACCACUAUGGUACUCAGACCGGUGAACCACUGGACUACUCCAAUGUUGCAGUGAAAGUGACUGACUACAUUAAGAAUCAGGGUCUACUGCAGGAUAUGACUGAGACGUACUGGAGAAGUCAAGUAGGAAGACUCCAAGGAGCCCCUGGACCUGCUGGUCCUCCUGGUCCGCCCGGAUAUAGCCGCGUGUUUGCCGCCUAUGGAAACGUGACUGCUGACCUUGUGGACUUCUUUAGAAUACACGGGACUAUUCCAGGGCCACCCGGUAGGCAGGGGCCAAGAGGAGAAAGAGGAUACCCAGGAUCUAAAGGAGAGAAAGGGGAGAUAGGAAGUUCAGGAAUAGCUGGCCUGCCCGGACAGAGAGGACCUGAAGGACCAAGAGGAGAGAAGGGUGAAAAAGGGGAGAUUGGAAUUCCCGGAAAACCUGGCCUGCUAGGGCAGAGAGGACCCGAAGGACCAAGAGGAGAAAAGGGUGAAAAAGGUGAUAUCCAGACUGGUAGAUGGAGAAGAGCCACGGGUGUGUAAAGGCUUACAAAGUCACAGCAGAAUGUUGUGCCAUGCAGAUCAUAUAGAAGAUACAUAUUUUUAAGAUGAUACAGUAAAUACAUAAACUUGCCUCUCUUUAUGAAGUAAUGCAGGUCAGAGGCUUGUUUGGGCUAUUUUAUCAAAAUAUGCAGUUUUAUAAUUAAACAAAUGCAUGCAAUAUUAAUCCAAACAUUACACGCAUAGGUGCAGUUGGUUUCCCAGACAGGGUUUAGAUUAAUCCAGGACUAGGACUUAGUUAUAUUAGGACAUUUAAGUAGUUUUUUACAAAAACAAUACUGGUGUGCAUCUUCAGACAAAACAAUGGCACUGAUAUAUGUUAAGAUACAUCAGUGCAAGAUGUUUUCAAAGGGGACAUUUCACAACACUUUUUAAGAUGUAAAUAAAUCUUUUUUAAAGCAA